AUGGGGUCUACCGUUCUUCCGUACAUGGAGACCAAGCCGAAGUUGAUUUUCUUCACCGACUUCGAUGGCACGAUUACAGUUGAUGACAGCAAUGACCAUAUGAUUGAUAAUCUCGGUUUCGGCCGCGAUCGCCGUCAGGUAUUGAACGAGCAGGUUCUCGCCGAGACUCUUGGUUUCCGGGAUGCCUUCCGCGAAAUGCUCGACAGCAUCAAGACCCCGUUCAACGAGUGUAUCGAGAUCCUAAAGAAGAACAUGAAGCUGGACCCAUACUUCGAGAAGUUCUACUAUUGGGCCAAGGAGAACAACGUGCCCAUCGUCAUUUUGUCCGGGGGCAUGCGGCCGGUCAUUAGCGCUCUGCUCGAAGAGUUCUUGGGCCACAAGCCCGACAGCCACGUUCAUAUUGUUUCCAACCAAGUGGUGACCCGGGAAGGCAAGGAUAUCAACAGCGAGGGCGGCUGGAAGAUUGAGUUCCAUGAUCAGAGCCACUUCGGCCACGACAAGUCCAUCGAGAUCAAGCCUUACACUGCUCUGAGCGACAACGAGCGCCCGAUUCUUCUGUACGCCGGUGAUGGUGUCUCCGACCUGUCGGCCGCGGCAGAGACCAACCUCCUGUUUGCCAAGGAGGGCAAAGACCUUGUGACCUUCUGCCAGCGCCGAGGUAUGCCUUACACGACCUUCCAGAACUGGUCGACCAUCCUGUCAACCACUCAGGAUAUCCUCGACGGUAAGGUGACGCCCAGUCAGGUGGCUGUCAGGGCCAAGAGCGCGUAA